CUUCUGUAUGCCUCGUGUAUGUGCGAAGGAAGAAGUUCUCCGCCAUCAUUCCACUCUUCCUGCACGUCCUUUGCCUCCUCAACCAUUUCAGCAACAAACACUUUGGCAAUACCGCUGAGCACAAUUGAAAAGUUUGGAUUGCAUGUCUGGUCAAGCACUUGGCUUACAAACUUUCUGAUGCCUCCUUUGUUAAACCCCGUUCUUCUAAAUUUCACAUACCGCUUUAGUUCAUCUUCUGAUAGGUUUACAGUUUCUUCUUGUGCUGGCGCAUUAUAUGUUUCCAUUUCCUCACUUUCUGUAUCGAAUGCCUCUGCUUCAUUACUUCUCAUUAUUUUUUUGUUUUUUUGUCGGUAUGUCUACUUUUGGGUCUGCACUGCCACUUGGCAUAAAGAAUGCCUUAAUCGGAUACAAAGAGGGAGAUAAACCCCUACUGGAUGAGCUGGGCAUUGAUUUUAAUGCGAUAAAAAGAGACUCUCUCCGAAUUGUAUUUAUAAAAAGCACGGAGCAUAAGGAUACAAUGGAUAUGGUUGGCCCGCUCCUAUUCAUUAUUCUAUAUGGAGUUAUUCUAUUCAUACGCAGUGCUGUUCACAUUGGGUAUCUUUAUUACUUAUCCACAAUUAGCUGUAUGUUUAUAUAUGUGCUGCUAAUUCUUAUGAAUAAUAAUAAUAGAAUUAGCAUUCUGGGAAUAAUUAAUGCGCUUGGGUACGCACUAAUACCCAUUCUGAUAUUUGCAACAAUUGGAAAAUUCCUACCAACAGAAAAGAGCUUUAAACUCUUUAUUGGAGCACUUUUUUCUAUUUGGUCAACAGUUGUUUCCACAACAGAAAUAAUAAGAAGGUUCCAAAUACAAGACAGAGGUGUUUUAAUAGGUUAUCCCAUAUUUUUGGUAUAUUCAUGCUUUAUGAUGCUUUCUACCAUUUAAUGUAGGAAUUUUCUUAAGAAUUUAAAAUUAAAUGUAAUCAGAUACAAUGACAUUCUACACUACCUUCAGACCGCCCGUCAUUGGAGAAUCAUCAUAUUACAUGGGCAAUAAAAAAUUAAAAAAUAUAAACAUGACAAAUUAGAAUAACAGUCUGUUGAAAUUACCAGAAAUAUAAAAAAAUCAGGAUUAUAGAAUAUUUCUGUGUCACAUAGCCAUUUCAUUA